AAUGCCAGAGGAUCUCACUAACUGGCGCUUGUUCGGCCCGUUAUGAUUCAUUUGCCUUCAUUGGAAACGACAGGCUCAGGUCUAUCUUGGUUAAUAACAAUCUUUGAUCUUAGCUUUACAGAUCGCCAUUAUUGGGUUUAGCAGUGCAUAGCGAUUAAGAGUGCAGCCUGGGGCUUUAGGAGUAAAAGUGGAACAGCCUAUUUUAAUGAAAUCCAUCGAAGUGCGGAACUACUACUACUGCCGACUCCUGCUGUAUAAUAGUAUCAUCAUCGGUUGUUAUUCGAGAUGAUAUCAGCUACGAGCUGAAACGGUACGAGGAUCGGACACCUGGAAUACAACCAAAGCAGUAUCAGCCAGCCCAGCUCCAUCGAACAUUCAGUUUACUGGAAAUACAUCAGUCCUUUUGAUGGGAUGUUAUUUUGCCUUUAUUAGAGAAGAGAAGCCAUUCCCGUGGGGUUUAUUUCAUGGGGAUGUGUUCAAGACAAGAGAGAAUACAAAAAGACGUCAACAUCGUAAUUCAAAGGUGCAAGGCAGAGAAAGACUGCCUUUUCUCUGAUUUCAGAUACUCUGAUGCCACCUUCACCUUCACCUAUUCCAAAGGCUCCAGAAGGGUGUCGUACUCUGUGCACGUCUCUGAUGACUACCCAGACAAUACAUACGUAUCAAACUCUGAGAACGAGGAUGAAGUUCUAGUCACCAGAGACCAGAUCCCCGUCAUCUUCCACAGGAUAGCAACAGAGAUUAGGGUCAAUAAUGACGCCAACUGCUGCCUGUCCAUCAAGUCCAAACAUCAGAUAGACAAGAAUCAGUGCCACUAUGCCAUAGAGGAGGACUCUGAGGGGGAUGCUGACUCUGAUGAGUUUUACUAUGGAGGUCAGGUGAACUCUGAUGGCGAGCUCCACAAACACCCCCAGUUGGAGGUGGACCUGGCUGCGGUCCGGGAGAUGUACGGACACCACGCAGUAUCUCUCAGGGAAUAUGGUGCCAUCGACGAUGUGGACAUUGAUCUCCACAUCGACGUCAGUUUCCUAGAUGAGGAAAUAGCCCUGGCGUGGGACGUGAUCCGCAGGGAACCGGUGAUCGUGCGUCUUCACUGCUCUCUGACACAGUACCUGAAUGGACCAGUCCCCACGGUGGACGUAUUCCAGGUGUCGACUAAAGACCGGUUUGGACUGGGACAUCAGAUGAAGAAGAUAAUGCAGACGUUUGUCACCCAGCAGUGGAAACUCCAGAGUAAAGAGAAACUCAACUGCUCUCGCAACAAAAACAAGGGUGACAAGAAGGGCAAAUCUCCCCUCCACAUCUUCUCGACCCUCCGCAGGCACUUACUGUAUCUGAAAGGAUCAGAUAGAUCUCCCAGCUACCCGCCUCCCGGCUGUGUCAAGAGCAAAAAGAAGCUGAAGCCAGAACAAGAUGGCGUCUCUAAAUCCCACCGCCUUCUCCGUCGGACUUACACCAGCACCGCCAAACAGCAGGUUGAGGUGGACGGCUGCGGCCCCGGGACCAAGACUACCCACCGUCUCCUGGGCCUUUCCCUGUCCAGCGGAGACCCCCGUAUGGACCACGGAGGAGGGCCCGGACCACUGCCCUUCAAACCCCACCGCCUGGGCAGGCCCUGCAUGGCUGUGGUCAAACCAGAGGACCUCCGACCCGCUCCCCAUAAGCUCCUGCCUCGCUCGUGCUCCGGCGACCCCCGCUGUGAGCAUGCGGGAGUGGGAGGAGGUGGGGGAGGGGGUGGUGGUGGAGGAGGUAGUCUUGGGGGAGGUAGUCUUGAGGGAGGUAGUCUUGGGGGAGGUGUUGGUGGUGGAGGAGGUAGUCUUGGGGGAGGUAGUCUUGGGGGAGGUAGUCUUGAGGGAGGUAGUCUUGCGGGAGGUGUUGGUGGGCUGGGCCCGAGUGGUGGUGGAGGGGGUAGUCUUGGUGGAUGUAGUCUUGGGGGAGGUAGUCUUGGGGGAGGUGUUGGUGGCCUGGGCCCGAGUGGUGGUGGAGGGGGUAGUCUUGGUGGAUGUAGUCUUGGUGGAGGUAGUCUUGGGGGAGGUUUAAAGCACCACAGGCUGCUCAGUAGGUCGUGCUCUGGUUCUAUCAGGACGGAGAAGCUGGAUGGACUGAAACACCACCACCUCCUCAGCAGGUCCUACUCCAGCAGUACCAAGAUGGGCAAAGCAGCAGACAUCUUCAAGGACUCUGUGUCUCUGUCCGAGGGGAGGCGGCUCUCUCUUACCUCAGGGCUCAUCGGGAUCCUCGCCCCUUCGCUCGCCACGCCAACGCCGCCAAACAAUGGAGCCAAGUCCAUACCAAUAAAAGACAGAGGUUUCCUCGUCCAGACCAUGGAAUAUGCUGAGCAGAGGAUUCCGGUCCUGAAUGAGUUCUGUGUGGUGUGUGACGAACCACACGUGUUCCAGAACGGACCAAUGCUCAGACCCACGGUGUGUGAGCGAGAACUGUGUGUGUUUGCCUUUCAAACACUGGGGGUGAUGAACGAGGCAGCCGACGAGAUCGCCACAGGAGCUCAGGUGGUGGACCUGUUGGUGUCCAUGUGUAGGUCUGCUCUAGAGUCUCCCAGGAAAGUGGUCAUCUUUGAGCCAUAUCCCUCCGUGGUGGAUCCGUGUGACUCCCAGGCACUGGCCUUCAACCCCCGGAAAAAGGACUAUGACCGAGUGAUGAGAGCCCUUGACAGUCUCACCUCUAUCAGAGAAAUGUCCCAGGCACCUUACCUGGAGAUUAAGAGGCAGAUGGACAAGCAUGAUCCUUUAGCUCACCCCUUACUGACAUGGGUAAUAUGCAGUAACAGGUCACACAUCGUCAAACUACCAGUAACCAGACAGUUGAAGUUCAUGCACACCCCACACCAGUUCCUUCUACUCAGCAGUCCUCCUGCCAAAGAGUCCAACUUCAGAGCUGCCAAAAACAUCUUUGGGAGUACCUUCGCUUUCCAUGGUUCUCACAUAGAAAAUUGGCACUCCAUUUUGCGAAACGGUUUGGUGGUUGCAUCCAACACAAGACUUCAGCUCCAUGGCGCCAUCUACGGGAGUGGGAUCUAUAUCAGCCCAAUGUCAAGCAUAUCAUUUGGUUACUCAGGGAUGAACAAAAAACAGCUGAAAGUUACUUCGAAGGACGAAACUGCUACAAACAAGAGCAACUUACAGUCAACAAAGAAAGGCCAGCAGCCCCAGUUUUUGCAAAGUCGGAACCUGAAGUGCAUAGCCUUAUGUGAAGUAAUAACAUCCCCUGACCUGCACAAACACGGAGACAUCUGGGUCGUUCCCAACACUGAUCAUGUCUGUACACGCUUCUUCUUCGUUUAUGAAGAUGGUCAGGUGGGGGAUACGAGCAUCAACACACAAGACGCUGGCAUCCAUCGAGAGAUCCUACGAGUCAUCGGCAACCAGACUGCCACGGGAUGAACAACACAGCAAUACUGCUGCCUCUCCUCCUCCACCUCUCAGCUCAAAGCUGGAUUCUUUUUGAGCUGCGGAGGCCCGUUGUACAGUGUUUCCUUCCGAUCAACGCAGGGGACACACAAACAACUUCAAAAGUUUGAAACCUCAGCACACAUAUGUACAACUGAAACACAACAAAACUGGAGG